UGGGAUACCGCGGAAAUUGAACAUUACGUUUCUCGCUCAGUGUCAACACAGCCGGAAUCUAACUCACUCACCAUGUCUGCCGCCAAGCCAAAAACCGCAAAGAAGGCCCGUGCUGCCCCAGCACACCCACCUACCUCUCAGAUGGUAGUUGCUGCUAUCACUGCCCUGAAGGAGCGUGGUGGUUCCUCAAGCCAGGCCAUCAAGAAGUACAUCGCUGCCAACUACAAGGUUGACAUCACCAAGCAGGCUACUUUCAUCAAGCGUGCCCUGAAGGCUGGUGUUGCCAAUGGUACCCUCGUCCAAGUCAAAGGAAAGGGAGCCAGUGGAUCUUUCAAGCUCGGCAAGGUCAAGACUGGCAAGACCGAGGCCCAGAAGGCCCGUGCUGCCGCCAAGAAGGCCAAGCUUGCUGCCAAGAAGAAGGAACAGAAGGAGAAGAAGGCUGCUAAGGCCAAGGCCAGGAAGGAGAAACUAGCCGCCAAGAAGGCUGCAAAGAAGGCCGCCAAGAAGACAAAGAAGCCCGCCGCCAAGGCCAAGAAGCCAGCUAAGAAGGCAGCCAAGAAGCCCGCCGCCAAGAAGGCAGCCAAGAAGCCUGCCGCUAAGAAGCCAGCUAAGAAGGCCGCCAAGAAGCCUGCUGCCAAGAAGGCCGCCAAGCCAGCAAAGAAGGCAGCCAAGAAGCCCGCCAAGAAGGCAGCCAAGAAGUAAAUUCUUAGCGCCACUUGGUGUAUUGAGCUUUUUCAGCUCCACCCCAACGGCUCUUAUCAGAGCCACCCAAACUUCAAGAAAGAAUUCAAAUUGUUUAUCCUCUUUUUUUUAGUCUUAAUGUCAUUUUUUAGUGCCUGUCUAUUUCUUUUCUAAUCUAUGUAAGUACAUUUAGGGCUGGUGUUUAAGUUUUGGUAUUUAUUUUCCAUGUCACAUUGUUAAAAAACAAUACAGGGUAAAUAUAUGGACAUAAUAAAAUCAUUUAUAAG